CAUUCAUUCAUUUCAAUCAGCAAGUAGUGGCUUUAGUGUAGUGUUGCGGUUUCUAAUUUAUAGAAAUAUAUUCAUAAUUUAAGUUUUAUUCAGUAUUGAAUACUUAUAAUAAGUGGCGUAAGUGCUAUAACAACGAAGAUUGUAAACGGUUCUAAGUUAUUUCAUACACGGCAUGCCUCCGGUAAAGGACGAGUCAAUACGGGAAACAAAUUGCCUGGAAAUUAUAAAUAUUGUGGAGAAAAGUCCUGCAAAAAGCACAUUGGUUGAUGUAAGGGCUUGCAACAAACCUGCCGCUAAGGUCUGGUUCCGCGGCGUGAGGAGCUCCAAGUUCCGCCAUGUGUAUGGCGUGCCCUCAAAACGAGAGCGUUGCUAUGACAACAUUAAGAUCACCAGGAACGCUCAUGAUUCCAACUUCUGCGCCGUAAAUCCAAAGUUCGUGGCGAUCGUCACUGAGGUCGCGGGCGGUGGCGCGUUCCUCGUCCUGCCUUUGGAUCACACUGGACGCCUAGAUUUCAAUGCGAGCCGCGUCACUGGCCACAAAGGCCCAGUCCUCGACAUCAAGUGGAACCCGUUCAACGAUAACAUCAUCGCGUCGUGUUCCGAUGAUUGCACGGUGAAAUUAUGGCACAUUCCGGACGGCGGUCUUUCCAUGCACCUGACAGAUUGGUUGGUGGAACUCCACGGGCACAAGCGCAGAGUAGCGUAUAUCGAGUGGCACCCUACUGCCGAAAACAUCUUGCUGAGCGCAGGCUUCGACUACUUGAUCUUCGUCUGGGACGUGGGUAAAGGCGAGGCGGUGAAGGUGAUCGACUGCCACAGCGACGUGAUCUACUGCAUGUCGUUCAACCGCGACGGCUCCUUACUGGCCACCACGUGCAAGGACAAGAAGCUGCGCGUCAUUGAGCCAAGGAGCGGGAUCGUGCUUUCCGAAGGCCCCUGCCACCUAGGCACCAAAGCGUCCAAAUGCACAUUCCUCGGCAGCUCGGGCAAAGUGCUGACAACAGGAUUCUCUCGCUACAGCGACCGGCAGUACGCGAUCUGGGACCAGCACGACUUGGAGAAACCUCUGGCCUGUGAGACCAUCGACAGCUCUUCGGGCGUCGUGUUCCCGUACUACGACUAUGAUACUAAUAUGGUUUACCUUGCGGGCAAGGGUGACGGGAACAUCCGAUACUACGAAGUGGUCGACGAGGCUCCGUACGUGCACUUCCUCAACCAGUUUUUAUCUGGCAACCCCCAACGCGGCCUAGGCUUUAUGCCAAAACGCGGCGUGAACACGGCGCUGUGCGAGGUGUUCCGCUUCUACAAGCUGCACACGUCGCGCGGCCUCUGCGAGCCCAUCGCCAUGAUCGUGCCGCGCAAGUCCGACUGCUUCCAGGAGGACCUGUACCCCGACACGGCGGCGCCGCGGCCGGCGCUGGCGGCGCAGGACUGGCUCGGCGGCAUGAACGCGCCGCCCCUGCUCAUCAGUAUGAAGACUGGAGUGACAAUAUCGACGCACAAGCCGCGCACGAGCAGCAAGGCGGCGCCGGCGCUGCAGCCGCAGGACGCCAACAACCGCAAGAAGUUCGCCUUCCUCUCCCGAGAGACCACGCCCGACUACCGCCCGCUCGCCACCUGGCAGGACAACCACGCCGCCGACAACGACGUACAGAUGCAGGUGAUAGAGAAGUCCCAGAAAACAAGCGCGAACCAGAACACGAAGUUCCACCAGCUACAGAAGAUGUUCGGCAAGCAGAGCGGCGAGGCGGAACCCGUGCCGCUCUACAAGCAAAUCAACCAGGGCGACGUGUUCAGCACAGAGAAUGAGCUGCGCCUGGCAUUCAACCAGCAGGGCGAGGAGCUGCGCAUCGUGAAGCGGCAGCUGCAGAACAGCCAGCAGCGCGUGCGCGAGCUCGAGCAGGCCGUCGCCGCGCUGCAGGCGCACGUGCAGCGCGACGCUUCCUAAGCACGCGCACGUGCAGCGCGACGCUUCCUAAGCACGCGCACGUGCAACGCGACGCUUCCUGAACACGCCGUGCACGCGCAUACUGUAAACUUUGGUGGCCGGGGAUUGGGACUUGGUUGCACGUAACUAGUGGCGAGGCAGUGCCAGAAGAAAACAUUUUUAAUUAUGUUUGAUCGCGGAGCACGAAAAACUCGCACGGAUCUCCAUGAAAUGUAAUAUCGAAUUUCCAAAACACUUUUUGGUCACAUUUUAAUAGAAAUUGUAUUAGAUUUUAAUAUCUAGCCAGAAAUACCUGUGACUGUAGAUAGCCAGCUACAUGUAUUGGACUUGUUCUUAAUAACCGGGAAUGACAUCAAACCCUAUUAACCAGUUAUUAAAAAUGUGACCACGGAACUGAGGCGAUUGAAACACAAUUAGUCAUCGUGACCGAUCGAAAUUAAGGCACGUUCAUGAUAUGUCUUUUACUUACACCGGGCAUUAAGUCUAGUAAUAACCGUCUUACCGCCGCUACGUUACGUGUAACAAGAAUAUUACAGUCUGAGCCCAUUUUGGGAGCUGGUUGAAAUAUUAACCUUAUACAAGGUUUGAGAGUGAUAAUAAUGUGACUUACGUUAGCUUAAACAGAAGUGUUUUUGGCUCGUAGAGAAUGCCAAAUGAACAAACGAAUGCGUCGACACGUUGCUAAUUUCUACCUGUAGAUAGGAUUUCUCAAACCUUUUUUAACAAAAGAUCUCAUUAGCAACUCUAUAAUCGAUCUAUCAUUCCAUCUGAACUUCUAGAGUCUACUUGUAUUUUUAGUAGGACUACGUUAGAAAUGGAAAUAAGUACAAGUUUACAAUGUGCGAUGUCUUGAUGUUGUACUUGUUCAUAUAGUUUGUGUCAUCCACGGUGACGCGCAGAUUUGUGAAAUCUAACCUUUAAUAACAUGACAAUAUGAGUCAAGGCACGCGUCUUCGUGAAUGACAUGAUCUAUAACAUGCUGCUAUUAUUUGCUAGUAAGAAAAUGUAUUGACUUAUGACGCCAUGACCUCUCUGAUAGCCGAAAAGAAGCUUAGUGUAUGAAGUAAAUUGUCUUGUCAUUUUGUCACAAGUUCUACAAUGUAAAUGCUCAAUGGCCACAGUAGAUGAAUGUAGGUCUAUAUGCACUAUUUAUGCUUAAAAUCUUUAAGAUGGCAGCUUCCAAAAAAUAAAAAUUGCAUCCAGUAUUGUUUACAAAAUAAAUACCUAAGGAUGAUUGUGGACAAUCCUACCUCACUCGUGUAAAAAUUUACAAACUUCUCAAUUUGAACAUUACAACGGAAAAAUAUAUUCUAUGGUGGGAUGGAUACACAUUCCAAUUGGCAUUUUACGUAAGUAAUGUUAAUGAAUCAAUCUUAUCAUUAAUUGAAAUUUCCACGGUUAGCUAAGUUGCCAAAAUAUGUUGUAAAUUAUAAAAAAAAGUUACUUUGUGUAUUAUGUUGCAAGCUUUUUAUUUCGACAUGACGAAUCUAAUCUUAAAUUAUCACAAAAUGAUGUUUUCAAAUAUGUGUAUCUGUUGAUACUGUAUUUCUUUAUUGAUAAUAAUUUACAUUCUUUUAUUAGUGAUUUUAUAGUUUUGAUAAUUAGUUAUAUGUUUACAAUUAAUGUGCAAUUUAAAUCAGGGUGAAAAAGUUAUGGUUUGUUGCGAUCAUUUAAAGGAGAGGCACCUUUUUAAGAAGCACAUGAUAAAUUUUAUUCCAAGUGUUACAGUUAAGUUGACAUUUUGUUAGUGAUCGUUUUAAGAGUCUGAUUUUGAUAAUAGUGUUACCUGUUAUUUUUUUAAUAUCGAUGUGUAUGUGCUUUCUGUGUAGUUUUUGUAACAUUUUACUGUGUUAUUCCAGUUUCAGGUAUUUAACUUCUGUUGUAAGUAUGCAAUGAAAUGAAGUUCUAAAUGAAUCUUUUUGAGUGCAAGCAAGUAUGUGCACAAUUUAGAAUGGUAAAGUUACCAGAGUUCCCUUAAAAAGUUAAAGUUAUAGAUAAAAAUAAUCACCUUGUAUUUUUAAGGUGCUAGUAUUUUUCUAACAUCUGAUGGAACUUCUAACAUGACUAGAAAUUUAAAAGUAUUAUGAUGUAGCGUACUAGCUUAGCAUUGGAUUUAUAAACAAUUUGAUAUAACUUUACUAUUCAAAAAACCCAAAAAACUCUAAAAUAACGGUACUAAACAUUUACAUUCCAAUUUCAGUCUAAAAGGCAUAAUUAUUGUAGUAAGGAUAAUGAAAGUAUUAUUGUGCAUUAGCUGGUUUAAUUACUUACUUGGCUAAGUCAGUGUUUAUAUUUAUUAUCAUGUAUUUUUAUAUCAUGCUUGUGUAGCACAAAUUUUCAAAUAAAUGUUUGAAUAAUA